CGAGAUUUGGGCGAACCUUUGUUGGGAAUGGAAGGAAAUCAACAGGCCGAAGAUAAGUCAUUGAAAACAUUGGCUGACGAAAGUUUGGAGCACUGCACUGUCCAUGAAACAGUCAAUCCCUGCGCUGUGCCAGAGACUGACAUCAAUCACAUUACGCCACAUCCACAGGUUCCGGGAGGAAUCCCCAUUUUAGAAUGCAUGCCCACCAAGGAAGACAGUCCCAAUCAGAGACAGAUUUGUGAAAAGGCAGCCAUGAAAGCAGAAGAAUAUAGGUCUCCAUUGAAGCCUGCACACCUUCAAGAGAGGGAGGCUUAUCAGAAAGAUCUGGCCAAACUUGACACGGAAAUCCCAGGAGCCAAACGGCAGAGGAUCCGUUUCUCUAGCAUCCAGUGCCAAAAGUACGUCCAUGCAGAUGGCUCAGAGAAAACAUGGGCCAGCAGCACUUCGUCGGACACCAGCCAGGACCGCUCGCUUUCUGAAGACAGCAUGUCAUCAGAACCAGCUCCAUGUUACCCGGCCUCAGGUGACUCAGAGACUUACCUGUCUAUCAUCCAUUCCCUGGAAACCAAACUUUACAUCACAGAGGAAAAGCUCAAAGAUGUGACCAUGAAACUGGAGAGCCAGCAAGGGCACAACCAAGACACCCUCCUUGCGCUUCACCACCAGUGGGCCAGCACAGAAGCCCAGUUGAGGGAGCAGCUUCAGGACAGUUUGACCCAAGUCAGCCUGUUGGUCUCACAGCUGGAGAACGAGAGGCAAGGGAAACUCAAACUGAUGGCCAAACAUGCCAGCGAGCUGGGGGGAUUCCAGGGGAGAAACAACCAAGCCUUGAUGUGUUUGAAACAAUGUGGGGAACAGCUAAGAACUCUGCCCCGAUCUGACCAGGAAGGAGGGGGAGAGAUACUCUUGGAUGCCUUAUCCAGCAUGGAGAUAACAUUAUCUAAUGCAAUCCAGGCCUUACAGGGGACACUGUCUUUACCUGAUCUCCAGCCAAGAGAGAGUCCACAACCCCAAGAAGGCAGUUUGCUGGAAAAUGAUAUACCUGUCCCCCUAAAACGGCAAACAGAGUUUUCUGAACAAGACCAACUAAAGUUGCUUUCCAAGCGGGUGGCAUUUGAAGCUUGCCUGAUAAACCAGAUAGCAGAGUCUUUGAGAGACUCCACUUCUGAGAUCACCCUAACCCUUCGGGAGAUUCAUGGGAUGGUGGAUGCCGUCCUCUUAGAGCCUUCCAAUGUUUCUCACACAGCGGUCACCUUGGCCAACAUCUUAUCGAAAAAACUAGUGUUGGAGGAUGAAUUUUGGAGCCAGGUUGAGGAGUUAAGAAAGCACCUAAGCAAGAAGGAAAAAGAAGAAAAGAUGGAAAUGGAAAGCUCAGACUCCCUUCAAGGCCUUAUACACACCAUUGCAGACAGUGCGCUCGUUCAAGCCGAGCUGGGUUUCGUUGCCCAGAAAAUGCGGGAGUCCUUUCACCAGAGGCUGAAGGCCAUCGAAGAGGACCUCCACAACACCAAGACAGCCCUUCAGCAGCACAAGUGCAUGUUGGAGGAAAUCAUUAAAGCCUACCAGACACCUCAGUUCAACGGAGUUAUGGAUCAGAUUUCCAAAGUGCUCGAAAUCCAAGAGGGCACCUCCAAAAGCAUCCAAGCGUCUUGGGACAGGUGUGUUCAGCAGCACAGGACAGAAGACUGCGGCUUGCAAAGUCUUAGCAGUCAAGCUUUGACAGCUGUUCUGGCAGAGCUUUCUCAGCAGCUAAAAGACAGGGCGAAAGUCUUGGAAGAAAUAGCAGCUGCUUUACUGUCUCUGUCCCCUGAGGAGGCCCUAAAAGAUUGCCAGAAGCUCCUAAAGUUUUCUCGCACUCCUCCCUAUCUGUCAUGUAUGGGGGAUCUUGAACGCUACUCUUCCCUGCUAGUCCAGGAUGCAAUUAUCCAGGCCCAGGUUUGUUACGGGGCCUAUAGAGCUAGGCUGGAAUACGAAAAGGAGGCAUGGCUGAACAAAGAGUCACUGCAAAACAUGGACGCUCUGUGCCAGGAGCGCAUCAGGGCUGUGGCAGUCCUCCGAGAGGAGUAUGAGGAUUUGCUCCGUAAGCAGCAGAACGAAUAUGCCGAGAUGAUUGCCAUCCUCGAAAAGGAGAAUGUGGACCUGAAAGCAAAAGUGGCCCAGCUGGAGAGCCAGAGGAAGCUCCUGGAAGAAGAAGAACGUCAGCAGAGCAGAAAGAUGUUGGAGUUGCAGGGCAGGUACGAAGAGGAGAUGCAGACUGUGGUCGAGCAGUUAAACAGGACAGAGGACACCCUGAAGGCCGAGAGAACCAAAGGGCUUCACCAACUGGAUGCCAUCAUACGGGACAAGCAGAACUUGGAGAGAUACCACCUGGAGCAAAUCCAGACCUUGGAGGACAAGUUUCAGGUCAAGAUGAAAGAGCUGCAGAUCAUUCACAAUGAGGAGCUGCAGACAUUGCAAGACCAUUACAGCAGAAAUCUGCAGGGCUUGCAGGAAUCUGUGGAUGAGUACCGGAAGCAGCACCCAGAAUCACUGCCCAGAGAUGCACCUAAAGCUGGCCCACUGGAAUCUCACACUGAGGGUCAGCUUGAAGGUGGGCCGCAGGGCUCUGAGGGUGAGCUCAGCUCUAUGCAUGGGUUGCGCGAGCGCAUACAAGAGCUGGAAGCCCAGAUAGAUGUCAUGAGAGACGAGCUGGAGCACAAGCACCUGGAAGGAAGCGCAUCGACUCUGCGGGAGAAAUACCAGAAAGACUUUGAGAACCUCAAGGCAACUUGCGAGCGAGGGUUUGCUGCCAUGGAAGAGACUCAUCAGAAAAAGAUCGAGGACCUACAGAGGCAGCACCAGCGAGAACUGGAGAAGCUACGGGAAGAGAAAGAUCGGUUGCUGGCAGAAGAGACAGCAGCUACCAUCUCAGCCAUAGAAGCCAUGAAGAAUGCCCACCGGGAAGAGCUGGAGCGGGAGCUAGAAAAGACCCAAAGGUCCCAGAUCAGCAGCAACAACUCCGAUGUCGAGGCUCUACGGAGACAAUACCUGGAGGAGCUUCAGUCUGUCCAGCGGGAGCUGGAGGUUUUGUCGGAGCAGUACUCACAAAAGUGCUUGGAGAAUGCUCACCUGGCUCAGGCCCUGGAGGCGGAGAGGCAGGCCCUCCGUCAGUGCCAACGUGAAAACCAGGAACUCAAUGCUCACAACCAGGAGCUGAACAACCGCCUGGCUACAGAGAUCACACGGUUACGAGCACUGCUAACCAGAGAGGGCGGGGCAGAGGCUGCCAGCACGCCUCUCACUCAGGGCAAGGAUGCCUACGAGCUGGAGCUCUCUCUCUCCUCCUCCCCACUGUCCCCCCUCCAGGUUCUGCUGCGAGUCAAGGAAUCAGAAAUCCAGUACUUGAAGCAGGAGAUCAGUUCCUUGAAAGAUGAAUUGCAGACAGUACUGAGGGAUAAAAAAUAUGCCAGUGAUAAGUAUAAAGAUAUCUACACAGAACUGAGCAUUGUGAAGGCCAAGGCCGACUGUGACAUCAACAGGUUGAAAGAACAGCUCAAAGCUGCCACGGAGGCCCUUGGAGAGAAGUCCCCGGAGAACACCACAGGGUCUCGAUACGAUAUCAUGAAAUCUAAAAGCAGCCCAGACUUCUUGAAGAAAGACAAGACCAAUGUUGGCCGGUAUUACAGAAAUCUCAGGUCAAAGAGUCUGAAGGAAGGCCUGACAGUGCAAGAGCGCCUCAAGCUCUUUGAAUCCAAGGACUUGAAGAAAGACUAGUUCUCCUUCCUGUUCGGCUUGACCACGCGCACCUCCUCGCUUGCGGCGUCACAACACAAGCACUCUCUGAUUUUUUUGUUGCUCCUUCGGAUCCUUGUUGCUCUUUUUGUAUGGAUGUGAAAAACGCUGCAGCAGUAUCUUUGGCCUGUCAGACAGACUUGACAAGACAUUGCCCUGACAUAUAAAGUCGACUCUUGGCUACAGAGGUGGACAAGAUUGGGGACAUGCUUCCCCCCCUUUCUGGCUCCUCACACAAAAGCCCUCCUAUGUAUAUGUUACACUAAGUGUCAGUAUUAAGGCUCGAUAGCCUGUCAAUAAGCUAGCUCUGUUUUACCAAAUGGUUUGGUGUAGCAACAGAGCCCGGGGGGGAAGGGUGCAACGCACUGUGUUUUAGCUCUGCCACUGUUGACACUAACCCAAGCAUUUACAGGCAUGCUUUGAGCCAGAAUUUUGCAUCCCUGAAACAAAACUUAAGAGUCUAUUCUUGGCUUGGUUUCUACCGAGAUUGCAGCACCAAUGAGUGGAACUGAGGAUAGCCUUACAUUCUCUGUCUGCAUUGUUAAAUGAUGGAAUUAUUCCUCUAAUGUACUUUAGAAGCUUCCUGGGAAACUUUUUUUGAUGUAAUGGACUCCUCCUCUUGGAAGGAUAGCCCCCCCCCCCCCAAGGCUCUACUGUUCCCAGAGGAGUCUGUUUAGGCUAGCAUCCACUAUUCCAGCAGUAAGAAUUCCAAACAGCAGUACUCUUUGCAAAGAGUGGGCUUUUGGCAUGCUCAUCAGUGAGGGAUGUUCAGGACAGUACAACUGAGGUCAGGGCAGAAAUAGGGGCUGGUCAAAAGAGAUUGAGUUCUCUGUAAGUGGCUGGAAGCUGAUAUCUAUGGCUGAAUGUUCAGUUGUAAGAUGGGGGGUCAGCAGUGGAAUGGUGAGUUGCAAAACAAGCCUAUCUAUUGAAACGUGGCAUUUGAGCAGCGCGCAAAAUAAAUUAAGGAGCUCCUUAGUGCUUGAUCUCAUCCUUUUAUCUCUAACAAAGCAAUUCAGCGUCCCAUUCAGAGUUGGUUUUUCUACCAGGCCCCAAACACACAGAUUGGGGAAUAUAUAAUUUGAAGUAUAGUGUUUCCUGGUUUCAGUGGUCUUUCUAAGGAGGAAAGUCUCAGUCUUGUCUGUUGCAAUUUCCCCCCCUCUCCUACAAUUUUUUUUUGAAACUUAAUUCAGCUUUGUCACUGGAACUGGUUUUCCUUUGUACUCUGAUGAAAUGGAAAAGGAGUAUUUUGCUUGUGCUGAUAUGCUAAGACAAAACCCAAGCAAGCUGUUUUUUUCCUCCUGUGGCAGAGGCUGCCUGAGAGUAGCCCUAUGCAUUGUAAAAAAAGAGUUGGUUUUUGUAAUAAUAUACUUGAUUAAAAUCCUACUGGACUUUUUUGCAUUUUGGUGGUUCAUAUGCAGUACUUAAGUUUUGUUGUGAACACUUUUAAGCACAUGCACGCUCUGUGUAGCUUACUUUCCCUUUGUAAUCCCCAUUUUUUAAAAAAAUAACUUUGUUAUUCUCUUUAAAAUAAUUUAAAACCUGUAUAGUAUUCAAAGCACGCCAUGUAAAUAUUUAUUACUCAAAAACUAGUGGAGGGCUCUUAUGUUUUGGGUGACUUUUUAAAAAAAUCUGGUUCUAAUACACUGUCAUUUUAAGUUUGAAAUUAUUGUAACCUGGUAGGGGAGGGGCCGUGGCUCAGUGGUAGAGCAUCUCCUCAGCAUGCAGAAGGUCCCGGGUUCAACCCCUGGCAUCUCCAACUAAAAGGACCAGGCAGUAGGGGAUGUGAAAGACCUCUGCCUGAGACCCUGGAGAGCCUCUGCCAGUCUGAGUAGACAAUACUGACUCUGAUGGACCAGUGGGUCUGAUUCAGUAUAAGGCAGCUUUGUGUGUGAUAAACUCUGCUCUGUGUUCCUUUAUAGAAGGUUUGUUUGAAUGUUAUAUAUUUUUUAAAUUUCUGAUAUCUUUUUAGUUUUGGAAAUGCCUGUCCCAAGAACACCUAAAAUGUUUCAAAACUUUAAACCUGCUUACCUAUACACUGAUUUUCUUCCCUACUCUGUUCAGUAAUCUUGUAAGUAUAAGUUGACAGUGGUAUAAAUUCUUUGAGUGUGCUGAUUUACUAUAUUUCUAUAGCAGUAGUGGUGGUAGCAGCUACUCUCUCACUAGGCAUACACCAAUAUCUUUGCAUGGUAACACUGCUGCAAAGUGAACUAAGGUUCCCAUAUAUUAGGGCCAAGAGUCUAACUGUGCUAUUUGCAUAGCUGUACAAAGAUGCCUAUGCCUAUGAGGAUUUCUACAGACAACGUGUAUAGAUUCUGAUUCUUUCCCGUCCCUUCUAAGUUUCAUGGCAUGGUGUUGUAACAGCAUGGCAGAAUACUGUUCUUUUAGGACGGCCGUUCAAUUUAGAGUUACACUCUUUCAUUCACAGCAGGUUCAACAGUUGCCUUGCUAAGCUGACCCUAUACCACUAGAAUAUGAAAAAAUUCCUUAGAAGUAGAGGUGCCAUUACUGCAUGACUUGAUAAAUGGUGAUGUCAGCAUAUACAGUUGAUGUUUUGCUUUGGCUAGUGGUAUUUGGCAGCCCAAAGCCAUGCUUAGAAGUCCACUAGAAGAUACAUGAAAUGGGGAGGGGGGGGGGUUGACAGUAGACCCAAUUUGCCCAAUGCAGAUUGGCUUAGGGACAUAAUUUUGUUCUGGCAGGAAAAGAACAUGUGAGUCCACCAUAGCUUAAAAUGGGAACAUUCCCCUCUAAGAAGAAAAAACCCGAUAGCCUCUAAAUGCACAUAUUGUGUUUGAGCAACAAGAGCAUGUACUAAUAUAUUCUUCCAAUACAUUGUUUAAUGAGGGGACAAACUAGCAAAAUACACUCUUGAGUUCCCCUCAGCUGACGAACCCAUUCCUCUAGUUCUCAGAGGGGGGGGGGCGCUAUCAGCCUGCCUGAGUGACAAGCAGACCCAUGCAGUGUCAUAACAGUGACCCUCCGAAUAAUCACAUAAGAGGAGAAUGUUCUAUUCCUAUAGCUCAGCAAGAUUCUGAGGUAAAAAUAAGGCCAUAGGGGGUGGCAGUACUGUAAAACCACAAAUGGCAAUUAGUGUGCAAGAGAGGCACAUUCAAAUAAAAUCACUGCAAUGAGGAAAGAUGAUGUGGUCCCCACAAAUUAGCCUGUGUGAUUUGAUUCAUUUUCUUUUGGCAAAGAAGAAUUUUGAACUUCCUGCUAGGAGAAUGAAAGGUAUUUUCCUCCUUUAUUUUCAUACUUUUAAAAGAGCUAUUUCCCUCUUCAACUGUUCACUGUAAUAGAUGUGUCACUUAUGCCACAGUAUUUAUUCCUUACAAAAACUUGUGUGACAUGCUAGGGGGUCCCAUGGAUGUAGCGCUGAUGAUUUUUAUUUUGUAAAUAUAAUUACUUUACUAUACAUAAAACUAUAUCGUAAUAAACUAUUUUUGC